ACAUCCAGGUUUUACAGAGCAACAUGAUCCUUCAUCUGGAUCUGGUGUUUGUGUUCCUGUCAAACUGUCCCCCCCAACAUCAUUGAACCAGGGCUCCCCCAACCCGACUACAGCCCUGUCUGGUUCAACUGAGGGUCAGGUUACAGAGGAAUUAUGAGUAAUAUUAGAGAGAUACGAUGGUCACUUAGUGUUAAAGGUUAAAUCGAUGCAUUUGUGAACUUGUAUUCCUCUUUAGAGGUGGAUUUAAACCCAAGCUGGUUCACAUUUGAGGAAGUGGUGACUGAGAAUCAGUUUACUCUCCGGAAAAACAUGUUAGAAUAAAAGGGAAGUUUUGUUAAAUCCUGUGGUGAUUCACCGGACAAUGAGAAAUUAAAAUCUUUCAGCAGAGAUUUGAACAUGCGAGAAACGUUAUGAAAUGUUGAACUGGAUCCAGAUGAAUUUUUUACAGUGAUGACUGGACAUUUUUAUAUAGAUUUUCAGAAAUGAUGGGCAGGAGGAAGGAGAGGAGGGAAACUAUAAUAAACCAGAGUUUCUUGUUUCUGGAGAAGGUUGACAGAAAACGACUCGGGUUCAGAAAACAACCUGUUGUUUCUUCUUCUCUCCUCCUCGACGGUUUCUACAGCGACUUAAACAAGACGGGACACAUCGCCAUGAUGGCAGAUGAGGGGGAUCAUGAUGGCAGCGCUUUGUGGAUCAAAGAGCCUCCUGCUCUCCCUCCCUCAGGUAUCUCCAGGUACCGACGUUGGUUGUUCCCAGGUCUGACCGCUAUGGUGGUCCUGGUUCUGAUCACAGCACUGGGAGCUAGCAACGUGAAGACGUCGAACCGUCUGUGGUCUGUGGAAAAGAGCGUUUCCAACCUGAGCGAAGUCAUCCAAUCACUGAACGCCUCACUGCAGGAUGCUCAAGAAAAAGCUAAAGAAGUUCACCAACUGCAGUUUGCUGUGGAGAACAACAAGGACCAGCUGGUCUCAGUGUCGGAGGCGUUGAAGCAGCUGUCAGUCGUGGACUCUCUCAGCAGGAGCGUUGAUAUGCUCAGAUGUUCCCUCGAACACCUCAUCAACAACAGUUCAGUCGUGGACAACUGCUGUCCUCUGGGUUGGAAACUGUUCAGCUCCAGCUGUUAUUUCUUCAGCAAGUCAUCUCUGUCCUGGAACGACUCCAGAGACUGGUGUGAGAAACAUAAAUCUCACCUGGUCAUACUUAACACUGACAAGGAAUGGGACUUUGUGACCGGUAAUACAAUUCCUUUCUUAUUCUGGGUCGGUCUGAGCGAUGGGAGAACUGGGAAGUGGGAGUGGGUGAACCAAACUCCGUACACCAUAGAGAGGAGUCGCUGGGCGCCCGGUCAGCCUGACAGCUGGACCGAUCACGGCCUCGGCCCCGGAGACGAAGACUGCGCUCACCUACACGCCGACGGACGCCUCAAUGACCUGCACUGCUCCACCAGAUUGCGCUACAUCUGCCAGAGACACAGCCUGCACGACUGAACAGACCUGCCACACCCUCCGGGCU